ACUGAGAGUUGUCCAAAAGCGUUGCAUCCUAUAUAACUUCCCUUUUAAAAAUAAAAUAACCAGAAUCUGAAUCCAAGAUCAUGUUACGGGGCCCGGACUUGCACGCAUUAAUCUUGCCUCAAGACUCAAGAGAAGUCUCGAGCAUAUAAUAGGGUCCAGGCCAGGGAUUUACCGGUGCGGACCCGACAAGUUGACCACGGGAAAGCAGGCACAGAGGGUUCCUCUUCCUGGCUGUGGAAUAGAUUCAGCACUCGCUGUUUGAAGGAUAAGAAGCGUCUUCUACCGUUUGCAGAAAUUCGGAAGAAACCCAGAACACAGAAGGGUCUCUUUCUCAUAAGCACAGACGCGCGUACGCUUAACCCUGGUACUCAUAUUCCGGUACUCGCCAGGAUCUCAGUGGUAACGGCAGACAAUAGCUUUCGGAGAUGUUGCUGAUCUGUGGGGAUGGCUUGCCUGAUCAAUUUGGCGUAAUCUAUAACGAAUCCAUAUAAAAAGGGGAGGGAAUAUGAUGUCUUGGAAAAGCAAGAAGCAGUUGCGCAGUCGGUUGUUGCUUGUUCAAGUGCAGAGGCAGAAUGCAAGUCCAUGACAUGUGGGCUCUCAGAGUCUCUUUGUCUAAGGCCCUUACUUGGAGAGUUGGGAAAUUAGUGGGAGAUGUCAUUAAUACUAUAUUGUAACAAGGCAGCUAUUAACAUCACCCUUGAUAUACGGUUUAGCAUGACCACACCAAGCAUAUUGAGCCAUUGCUUUGCAUGAAGACUUUUUGCAAGGCAGGAUGAAUGACGCAUUUGAUGGACAGAUAUUGGCUGAGAAGCUUUCUAAACUCAACAAUUCACAACAAAGCAUUGAAACAUUAUCACAUUGGUGUAUUUUUCACCGGAAGAAAGCCAAACAGGUUGUUGAGACAUGGGAUAAAUUUUUCAAGUCUGCUCAAAAAGAGCAACGUGUUUCUUUUCUGUAUUUGGCAAACGAUAUCCUACAGAAUAGUAGAAGAAAAGGAAGUGAGUUUGUGAAUGAAUUCUGGAAAGUCCUUCCUGCUGCUCUCAAGGAUGUUUAUGAGAAUGGUGAUGACUAUGGGAAAAAAGCUGUGUCUAGGCUGGUAGACAUAUGGGAAGAAAGGAAAGUUUUUGGAUCUCGUGGUCGAAAUCUUAAAGAUGAAAUGUUGGGUAAAAACCCUCCUCUAUUUGACAACAAUGGAAAAAGCUCGAAUCCCAUCAAGAUAGUGAGGAAGGAUGCCCACUCAGUCAGAAUAAAAUUGGCUGUUGGAGGUAUGCCUGAAAAAAUAGUUACUGCAUUUCAAUCUGUACAUGAUGAACAUUUCAAAGAAGACACUGCUUUGAACAAAUGUAAGGCUGCUAUUCAUCGUGUGGGGAAAAUGGAGAAAGAUGUUGAACAUGCUUCUACUCAAGGAAUUGAGCAGGGGUCAACACUGGCCAAUGAGCUACAAGAGCAGGAAAAUGUUUUGUGCCUAUCUAUUGAGCAACUUGAAGGUGUUGAAGCAUCAAGGUCCGCAUUGGUCACUCUUCUUAAAGAAGCGCUUCAGGAUCAGGAAUCACAACUGGAGCUUAUUCGCAAUCAAUUGCAAGUUGCUCAUACACAGGUAGAGCAGGCAAGCAAUAUGAGGCAGAGGAUCACUGCAGCCCUGGUUCCUGGACCAAGCCCUACUACAACUGCAGUCUCAAAAGCUGAGACAGAAAAUGUGGUAGAACCUAACUCACUACCAGUUCAACCACCAAAUGCCACCCCUCCGCCUUCUCUUCCCCAACCUUUGACUUCCUUUGCACCAUCCAGACCUACAGAAGAAGAUCAUAAGAAAGCUGCUGCAGCUGUUGCUGCCAAACUUGCUGCCUCUACAUCCUCUGCACAGAUGCUUUCGUCUGUGCUGUCAUCCCUGGCUGCAGAAGAAGCUGCCUCCAUGAAUGGUGGCUCAAAAUCUGGUGGUUUCACAGCAAAUUUACCCAUCUUCUCCCCAGAAAAACGGCCCAAACUUGAAAAACCAAUGACAGUUUCCGAUAUGGGUAAUACAACGUACUUUGGACAUGUUCAACAGCAACCAUUGACCAAUGCCCCUGUCACACCUACUCAGACCACAACUACAAGUGUGCAACCCAUUUCCCAGGCUAAUCAGAUAAUGCCACCAUUUCCACCACCUCCACCGCCUCUACCACCACCACCCCCACCAGCACAUCAGUAUGUACAAUCCACUGGUGUGAUGGUUGGAGUGAUGCCAUAUGGGUAUAAUGCUAGUAGCCUACCUCCUCCACCUCCACUACCCACACACGUGGUAAUGGGACUAGCAAGGCCUGGCACUCAGACACAGCAGCAGCAACAACAACAGCAACAGCAGCAGCAGCAGCAGCAGCUGCAGGCAGCCAGUGGAGGAUAUUUUCAACCACCAGGUAUUGGGUUUUAUGGGCAAAGCCAUCAACCAACAACACCACCAUUACCUCGGCAAUAAUUUCCCAUUGGCAUCAUCCCUGAACACAAUUUGUCUUGUUUGUAUAGUAGUAGGUCUUCUGUAACUUAAUUUUCUCUCCCUGGAUUGGAAAAGCAAUUGUUAAGUCAAAAGCAGACAGAGACCUGGAUUUGAAGUCUCUGAGUAUGAGAUGAGAUAUUGGACUAACAGGGGUUGUCCGAAAAUACUUUUACUGCCAAAAUUAGAAUGCUGGUUAUUUACCUUAGCCAAA